AUGCAUCGAACUCCAACAAUAUUUCGAGCUCGCCAACCCUCAUACUGUCGAUGCAUCAAUGCCAUUGUACACAAUCAAUAUCGAUUUACGAAACGGAGACUUAUAAAUACGGAUUCAUACAAUAACAACGACUGCAUAUAUUCUCACAAAGUGGUUGAGAAUGCGAUAAAUCACAAUAUUCCCGGCCAAUCUAGAUCCAGACAACGGGCUGCACGACACGACACUCCAUCCCGGCUGUCAAAACGCAAAUCGCUCAUUCCACUGGGCAUUCGAGUGCAUGGGCGUGAACUAGCAGUACCCCCUAAAAAUGAGAUCGAUUCUGAUGAGAUAUCUUCCUGGGAACGUCGCAUCGUAGCGAUCCGUCAUAGCCGUGGAGAUCAAGGAACUUGGGAGACGUUUUUGGAGCUUCGGAACCAAGGCAAUGUGCAUCUUGUAACCGAGCCUCGAGCCGUAUUCUUGCGGGACAACAUUUUGAAGGCGGCAUUGGCACGCCCUGACCGAAUGGAGGAACUUUUUAAGUUUGCUCAGGAACUUCAAGAAACUUACCGUUUUGAAUGGCCCGAGUUUUAUUUGCAAGUGGUUCAUUUCUACCUAGCUCAGACUGACUAUGAUGCCGCGUUCCGCUGGCAUCUGAAGCUACUACCUGUUUUCCGUCCUGAUCUGGAUAGCUUUGGUGCCCUUUUAGCGAGUUUCGCUACCGAUUUCUCUCCCGGGAUGCAGAGUACUUUGACGAGGAUGUACUCCUUCAAUCCUUAUCGUGAGCUGUACGACUAUGUUGUGCCAGCUCUCUUCGACUCCGGCCAGUCACAUCCAGCCCGUGUUUGGAGAAAACGAUUCAUCCUAUUCAACGACUAUGCCAAAUCACCGAAGUCCAUGCCGUUCCUUGACUUCCUUUCUCGAUAUUUUCCCAACGUACAGCUUACAAAAGAAGAGCUGGUAGUGCUCAAUCGAGACUUGGGCGUUGGCAAUGGGAUGGCAAGCUCAUACCCCGAAGAUAUCCAAUUGGACCAGAAUAAGGGUAUUUACAGCGAUAAGUUUACAGCCCGCUGGUUUGCCAGCUCUUGGACUUCUUCGGAAUUUGCAAUCAGUCUAAUGCAUAAGCUUGGUCUUCGCACAGUCGGGUCACAAUCGUUGCAAUCCGUUGCUUUGAGAGAAGACGACGCACGGGGAGUUACCCAUCGGUUGGCUCAAUUUAGAGAGUUGGGAAUGACUAUUGCACCUACAAUCUACUGUAAAGCUCUGAUAUCUUUUGCUGAAAGAGGUGAAGAUGACUUGCUCAGAGAUUUGUUGCACUGUGACAUACAUCCAGCCGAGUUUGACGAUUCAGAAAAACGACUGAUGCUCCUAGCGGCUUCUGCUAGAGAGCAGGACUGGAGGCGGGAGCGGUUACUUCAAGAGGUCGAAGGUCUGGCAGCCAAGCCAGCAAAGAAACCAAACAAGGCACUCUCAAAGGAGCUCAACCGAAAUCUCAGUAUUGCACUAUCAGCAAAAGGUCUUGCGCAAGUGAGGAGUGUUCUUGAUAAAAUGGACAGUAUGAGUGUCACUUUAGAACAAAAGAACUCGGAAGGACUUCUCACCCGUGUCUUUGAAGACAUCUGGUAUCAUCCAAAAAGGGCAAAGCAGAAGACCCACGGGUUGCAAGGCGACCCCCAGGUUGACAGGGCUAUUCAACUUUCACUACGGAUAGCAAGACAUGGUGUUGCUGUCCCUAUCAAAUACUGGCAAAUGCUGCUCUACAAUCUUGGUCGUCUCGGCCGUUUCAGAGAACUCGAAGAAUUUAGCUAUGAUAUAUGCGAAAUAUACAGCCCAGAUCUUAGAGGCUUGAUACCGGUGCACUGGCGAGACCUGCCCCCUAAAGCCAAGUCGAAACCCAACUCUUCGGAUAGCGAUUCAGCAGCAUGGGCUCACUACUAUUCUUUUUCUGAUGGCAAAAAGAAGAGAAGUCACUUCAGGGAGGAAUUCUGGAAAGCUGAGAUAGGUCCGACCCAAGACCAACAAGUUGGCCUACUCACCGAGUCGAAACCAGACAAAAAGCCUCGUGUCCAUUCACAAAAACGACUUAGAUCCGACUAUGUAUUUUGCAUACCCGCCGAUCUGCCGUUCACAAAUAGGCAACAUCCCAUACAAAAGAUCUUUGAUGUCAAUCUCCAGCGUGCCAUCUUGCGUUGGGGCUUCGACAUAACAUUAGGGCUAGAGCCGCCUCAACCUUCGCCCGUAAAUGCCCAGUCAACAGGAGUUGCGGACUUUGAUCUAGCGUGUGGUGUUCGUUUGCUGGCUUUGCUGAGAGACAAAGGUGUUUAUAUUGAUGAGCAAGUAGUGCGAAGCGCCAUCAUUAAUCGUCUCGUGGUCGCACAUGUACCUGGAAGGACGAGAGCUAGAUCCAGAGAUGAUAGGGAGCUAUCGCCCGCACACAUGAAGCAGCUGGUGGAAGAGGCAUGGGGUUCGGAGAUCCUUCCUAGCGAGGCUCAGCUGGUGUCAGAGAUUGCGACCCAGAAACCCAAGGUAUGGAAGAGCUAUUCCAGGCUUUUGGGGCAAAGUUAUGAUAAAAAAAGAAGCAACUAA